GUCUCGUAGUAUUGCAAGUAUUGUUUGCAAGCGAGACGCCAUAUUGUGAGCGCAGCGCGGGUCACCGUCGCGUGCAUGGUCUGUUACUUGAGCUGUUAACAUUUUUGUUGAGUAAACAGAGCGCGGUUUCUUGUAAUAUAAAUUAAUUUACCGCAAUGGAUCCCGCAAAGUUAAAAGUCGUCGAGUUGAGGGCUGAACUCUCUCAUCGGGGCUUAGACACAAAAGGAAAUAAAGCUGUCCUUGUCGAACGACUGCGGGCCGCCUUAGAGAAGGAAACCGGAGAUCAUGUUGAAGAAACAGUCCUUAAAACUGAUGUUACGGGUGGUGUAGAAGACAUGCCAACCGAUGUGCGCGAGAAAACACCAGAGCCAGUAAAGCCUCAAAGUCCAGUAAAGACACCCGGGAGAUCGGCAAGAAACUCAUCAGCUAGCAGUCCUUCCAAAACACCUUCAAGAGUUGCUGCAAAAGCUACUGCCGCCACCACCAUGUCCCCGACUAAACAACCGUCUUCUCCUGUCAAGGUACCAACGCCUGAUGAACCAAGGAAACCAUCUCCUGUACCAGAAGAACAGAAUACGUCUGAAGAGUCAGAGGUUGUUCAGAAACUUGACGAGACUGCACCUCUACUUGAAAUUCCUGAGGAUAAGGUCGAUCCGCCUGUCGCUUCUCCCAAAGGUAUAACACAGAUGGAGAGCGCUGCCGAAAUUGUUGAGGAAUCUGAAGAACCGUCUAGAGAAGUUCUUGAAACUUGUGAAAAGAGUCCGUGUGAUAGUGACGAGCCGGCAACUCAACCUCAAGAGGAAGAACCUCUUGUCUCAGAAACACCUAUAGAAGAUUCCUCGGCAGAACAUAAUAAGCUUGAAAAUUCAAUCACAGGUCCGGAUGAUAAGCCUGAUGAAGAAGAACCCAAAGAAGUGCCGAACAUUGAGGCAAACCAACAAGUUUCCGAGCAAACAGAAGAACCUGCACGUGAUAACGACGAUAGUCCAGAUGAGGAGAGACCUGAGGAUGGAGACGUAACUUUAACUGCAGAAGAAAAGGAGUCCAAGAAAGAAGAGGAUGGAGUCAAGCAAGAGAAAGUGGAAUGUGAGAUUAAUCAAGAAAAAAUGGAAGAAAGCAGUGAAAUUGAGGAACAGACCGAUCAGAAAGAUUCACACGGGGAUCAAUCAAUCAAAGAAGAAUUUGAUAAGAAUGAGGAAAAGCCAGUAAUAAGUUCCACUUACUCAGAACCUGUUGUUCCAGGAGAAGAAGGUUCAGAAGAACAAAUACUUGCUAAUUGUAAAGUAGAGAAAACUGAUUACAUGGACUUUGAUGAAAGAACAACAAAACCUGAAGAACAACAGGAUGUAGAGAUGAAGGAUUCUCGGAAUGAUGAUGACAGCGAUGCAGCUAAGGACAGGAAUAGAAAGGAUCGCAAAGAUAGAAAGAGGAAAAGAUCGGCAAGCCCGCAACAAGAACAAUACAGGUCACCUCCGCCUGUCAAACCUGAUGACGAGCCAGAAAUUGACGAUGGAAUCGUAUCAUUAUCAUGGUAUGACUCCGAUUUGAAUCUAAUGAUCGACAAAAACCACUUCUGUUCUGCGACUCCAAUGCACAAUGAUGGUUUCGGCUAUAUAUGGGCUGGAACUAGAGCUUCAUUUGGCUUCAGGGCAGGAAAGCUAUACUAUGAAACCAAAGUUACGGAAAACUGUAACAUAAGUUUGCAGGAUGAAGAAAACCCGCAUAUACUUCGAGUUGGGUGGUCUGUAGCAGGUACUUCGAUGCAGCUCGGAGAAGAAAAGUUCAGUUAUGGGUAUGGAGGUACUGGCAAAGCAUCAACGGAGUGUAAAUUUCGGGAUUAUGGAAGGCCGUUCGGUAAGGACGACAUAGUCGGUUGUUACGCUGACUUUACAGGCGAGACAAAGAUCGAUUUGUCUUUUACCGUAAACGGGGAAAAUCAGGGCGUAGCGUUUUCUAUCUCUAAGGAGGAAAUAGGCGACGUUGCUCUUUAUCCUCAUAUUCUCUCCAAGAACUGCGCGUUUGGUUGUAACUUUGGACAAGAAGAUCCAUGGAAUACGUCAAUCCUCGAUGGCUUCAUCCCUAUCGGUGAAGUGGAUCCACAAGAAAGAAUCACAGGCCCCCGAAGACCGGAAAGAAAAGAGGAUUGUGAGAUGAUCCUCAUGUGCGGCCUCCCCGCUGCAGGCAAAACCCAAUGGGCCUUACAAUAUGCAGCUUUGCACCCAGAAAAGAUGUACAACAUUUUGGGAACCAAUUCUCUCAUCGAGAAGAUGAAGGUAAUGGGACUGCCAAGGAAGAGGAAUUAUCAUGGACGUUGGGAAGUUUUGAUCGAUAAGUGCACCAGAGCUCUAAACAAACUGCUCGAAAUUGCGUCGACAAGAAGACGAAAUUACAUCCUUGAUCAGACAAACGUAUAUCCUUCCGCACAAAGGCGCAAAAUGAGGCAUUUCUACGGGUUUCAACGGAAGGCGGUAGUUGUAGUACCAACGGACGAAGAAUUCAAGUUGCGCACCGCUAAGCGUGAGGCUAUCGAAGGCAAGGAUGUUCCUGAUUCCGCGGUCCUGGAAAUGAAAGCUAAUUUUAGUGCACCUGUAUUGGGGGAGUCUUUCGAAGCAAUCGAGUACGUCGAGCUCGAGGAGGAUGAGGCAAAGAAGCUGAUAGAAAAGUAUAACAAGGAAGGUAAAGAAGCUGGAUUCUCCCACCAGCAGCUUAACAAACGACCCCGUUUCGAAAAGGCAGACAGUCACAGAGACAGCCGCGAUUCACGAAGCAGUCGCGACAGCAGAGAUAGUCGUGACCAUCGCGAUAGACGGGGUGGAUAUCCUGACAGAAACCGCAAUUUGGGUGGAUGGCGUGGUGGAAAUAACGGAGGUGGUUGGCGCGACAGGCAACAACGAGGGGGAGUUGGCGGUAGCAGUGGAGGUAACGGAAGUGGAGGCAGUAGCGGAGGCAGUGGUCACCCUCGGCAUGGAGGUAAUAGCGGAGGUAGCGGGUACGGCACAUCUUCCUCCGGUGGAGGCUGGAGAGGAGGAAGAGGUGGACCUGCCCUGCCAUCGCAUCGUGGCGGUAACGAUCGUCGCGGAGGUGUGAUAGACAGACGAACAACAGGGGGAAGUGACCGCAACCGUAAUCUUCAGCAGAGACAAGGAGGGGGUUGGGGAUCGAUGGGUUAUCAAAGUUCCCAACAACAACAACACCCACAACAACAACAGCAUCAACAACAACAACAAAGUGGCGGGGGAUGGGGACAGCAGGAAGGAUGGAACAGUGGCCAGUCGCAGCAGCAAGGUGGUUGGGGACAGCAAGGCGGAUGGGGACAGCAGCAAUGGGGAGGAGGCUGGAAAGGAUUCGGACAAAAUUCGUACAACCAAUCCGGCUACAGCCAACAAAAUUAUGGAAAUAGCAAUUGGGGGAGCUGGAACCAACAACAGUAUUACAACCAAUAUUGGGGCCAGCAGCAACAGCAACAAUCGAGUCAAACAGCUGUCACUGGUAGUAGUCAGACCGCAACAACGGUCGGAGGUUCGACAUCGACGAGUACUGGAGCGACAAAUACGGCCUCGGGUUACAGCGGAUAUCCACAAGGAUGGCAGGGCUACACUCAGGGGUAUGCUUUCCAGGCGCAGACGACGGGGAACUCUCAACAAGCUCAGCAACAAAAGUAGAAUGAUUAAGACGACGGGUUGCCCAAUUAUUAAAUUCAGGGAACGAUGUAAAAACCAGAGCACGAACUCGUUACCUUUUUAAUAUGUGACCGUGUACAGCCUAUCUGUUUAUAAAACGAAUAGCCAACAUACGUGAAUGAUCGUAGGUAUGCUUGUCGAUUGUUAUGGAACUGUGGUCACCGAUCGUGGGGAUUACGAUCCUGCGGUCUUUUGACCCUGUGAAAUCGAGCGACUAAGGAACGAGAACGAACCCGACAAGCCAGAAAUAAGAAUCUAUUGUGCGUAUCAGCCCGUUCCAUGGAAAGGAGGGUAUCGUACAAGACAAACAUAUUUUAUAUUUACGUAUAGUAACAAAAGCGGACAAAUCAGCGCGAGUAUUUGAAUCCUGUCAGGUUUUCAGUUUAAAACGCGAAUAUAAAGUUCGCGGCUUUUGAGGCAGUAGUUCAGUCUAUUUUAUAAUCUUUGAACGAAACCGGAGUUGACGAGGGCUCAAAAACAAGCAACAUUCACUCCCGAAGUUACGUAGGUAGGCGUCGUUUAAAAUCGACUUCGCUAGGACCUUAAUCAUUCCAAAAGUUUUCCCCUAACGUUUAUCGGCCGCACGUGAAUAUUAUUUUGAGGGAUUGAAUAAAAUAUUUCUACUUUCAUCGUGAACCUAAGUAUCUGGAAAAAAAAAAUUCUUCGCCGCGGUUUUUUCGUUUCUCAGUCUCAGAAGACCGCGGACGGUUGAUACGACGUAUACAUAGGUUAUUAUGUAAAAAAUUCCGACUUAAAUUUGUGAAAUAAUGUCCACAGGCUAUUUGUUACGAAACUUACGCGUAAUUGGCGUCGGAUGUGAUUGUGUAAUAAUAUUUUGGUCCCUCGCUGAUUACAGUGUUUAGUUUAUUAUUAUUAUUUCUUUUUCCACCAAAUGUAUACAUACGCAAAUAUAUGAAACGAUCAGUCUUACAGUGUACAUUUUAUGUUAUAAGCUCGAAAAAUCUUGUUCUCAGAGGAGACGAGAAUUGAAACAAACUACUGUAAUAGUCUUGAGCGAAAUUUGAGGGAUUUAGAAAAGCAAUUGUUAAAAUUUAACCGAUGCAAUCCUGUCAUAUUAAAAAUAUUAAUAUUAUUUUUAUGAUUAUUAUUAUCAUCAUUAGCAUUAUGACUAUUUUUUUAUUGUCAUGAUAUUACCAAUACCACUAAUAUUAUCACAAUUAUUAUUAUUAUAGCAAUGAUUUCCACGUCUCUCGAGCCCUCGAGAAUAAUUACAGUCUGACAUGAGAUAUACUGUGUCUCGAAUGCAGUAGAACGGAGUACCUGUCCACCUAUCUAUCUACUCUUGUAUACUUCUCGGAAUCCAAGGAAUCAAGUUUUCUCGACUACAAUAUACAAUAUACAUACGAUAUAAGUGAACUUUAUAUUCCUAUCAGAGAAAUAUUACGACCGGGUCAUCAAUUGCAAAGGUCCGGAUGGAUAAAUUUGGAUAAAGCGACAGAAAAAUGAAGAAAAAUACAAACAAAAAAAAAAAAGAAAUUAAUGAAAUAAAACGAAAUUAAGUUAAACUGAAAAAUAUGUAACAUAUUUUUUGAAAAUCAUAACCAGAUAAAAAAUUUAUUUAAAUAUAAAUAACUUGGUACGGACCGUUAGUAUGUUCGAAACAAUUGAGAUAUUUACCGUUUUAUAUUAUGAUAAUAUCGCAUGAGUAACAGUUUCUUCGAACACGGUAUAACCUUUUUUAAAUAAUAUUUAUAGUCAAAAUUAGUACAUUUAUUAGUGAACCAUAUAAUUAUUAUUAGUUGAUAAUGUGUACAAAUUCAUCGACAGUAAUAAACACCUUGUCUAUUA